AUGAUAUCUAGCCUCUCCCACUACCGAGUCAAGACAGUGUCCUCCGCCGAAGUUGAAGAAAUUACCGCUGCUCUCCAUGCCUAUGGCGCGGCCCUAAAAAGUCGCAAUGUAGAGGAGGCGGUCGCGUUAUACACCGUAGACGGUGUUAUAAUGCCGCCCCAUUUUUCCGCAAGCGCCGGCACCCAGGCUCUACGCGAGUCAUACACACGCAUCUUUACAUCUGUGCAGCUAGUCAUUACCUUUGAAAUCGAAGAGGUGGUCGUCAUGUCACCCGACUGGGGUUUCGCCAGGACGACGGCUGAGGGUACCAAAACCAUGCUCGCGACUCAAGAGUCAGAACCUCAUGCCAACCAGGAGCUGUUUAUAAUGAAGAAGGAAGAUGGAAAGUGGAAGAUUGCAAGAUAUGCUUUCUCUACUAUGAAACCGCUGGUUCAGAAUGGAAUACAGAGGAGCUGA